AAAAAAAAAAAAAAUUCAACAAUAAUAUUUUAUGCAAUGUACCUAUCAAGUGGGGUGUAUCUUAUUUUGCUAAGUUAAAAUUUAGUACGUCCCACCCUUGAAGUUGUUACCUCAAGUGAGAGAAUAAUCCCUUAUCGUUUAUUUUUCCCAUCAGAAAAAAAAGUGGUAUCGUUGAACAAAAAAUGUUUAGUUUUUAAAAAACUAAAAAUUUCUUAUUUUCAAAAAAAAAACAAAAAAAAAUUGAGCAAAUAAGGUCUUAAAAUAUGUAUGUACUUACAACAAUAAAACAUCACAAGACGAAUGGUUUGAAAAAUUGGUUAGGCAAAAUUUCAAUCACUUUAUAAUACAUAUUUUAUUCCUGGUAAUGUUAAUCUCUUUAUCAAAAGUACUUGUUAGAAGUGGAAAAUGUGUUGAAUUUCAGAUAAGAUACCUGCCAAAAAUAUGUACUAUAACUACGCACAUAAGUACACCUACCUAGACAUUACCAAAACUUUCCAAGCAGAUUGAUGUUACUAAUUACAUAAACACGUUUAAAAUAAGACACAUGUGCAUGUAAGCAGAAAAAAAAGAAAGAAAAUGCUCAAGUUUAAUGAAGCUUUUCAUCAAACAUUGGCGGUAUUGACAGUGGUCUUCAGCGAAUUUUGUCUUGGAAUGGGCAUAGGAUGGCUCGCACCAACCUUAAUCCUGCUGCAAAAAUACAACACCCACGUAAUCCUGACCUUAGAAGAAUGUUCUUGGAUAGCAUCUCUCGAACACUUCGGUAAAAUUUUCGGAGCAAUAACAUCAGGCUUGCUGAUCGACGUAAUUGGACGCAAAUCGAUACUAACAUUCACCGCAUUCGUAUUUUUCAUUCAAUGGCCAAUUAUAAUAUUCGCGAAAUCAGCUUUAAUCUUGUACGCGAUCAGAAUAGUAUUCGGAUUUUGUUGGGGCUUUUUCGACGGUACGAAUACAGUCUACUUGGGUGAAAAUUGCACCCCACAGAUGAGAGGUAUGCUCGGUACUAUUGCCAUUUCGGCGCACUACUUGGCAGUAAUGAUAGAAUUAGCAAUCGCUACGUAUUUCUCGUUUACGACCACAGCCAUGAUAAACGCCUCGAUUUCAUUUUUGGCACUCAUAUCGGCCUUCUGGCUGAAAGAACCGGCGCAAUUCCUGCUCAUGAAAGGAAACCAUACCAAAGCUUUGGAAACACUUAUGUGGUUAAGAGGUGUCUCUGAUCCUCUCGAAGUAAAAACAGAGUUCGACGAAAUUAGUCAAGACGUGGCCAAAGAAAGAUCCAAGAAAUCAUCUCUCAAGCAGACUCUCACAGCUCCUGCAAACUACAAAAGCGUAUGUUUACUCGUCAUCAUCUACGCUUUGGUUGCAUCCUCCGGAUACUUCCCUGUAAUGUCCUUCUCCGCCAUGUUUUUCUCAGAAACAAACGUCUUCACUUCCAAACAGCUGACUAUUCUAUUGGGAAUGUCUCAAUUUUUGGUCGUAUGUGGCACAUCGUUUGUAAUCGAUCGAUUCAACAGAAGAUCCAUUAUAAUGAUCUCAUUUUCCAUUAUUUCUCUAGCUCAUGGUUGUUCCGCUCUUCUGUACUAUAUCAACGACAAUAUCUGUCCAGUACCCUAUUUUUCGUGGCUGAUUUUCAUCAGUACGAAUAUUUUCGUCGGUGUAUUUGCUUUCGUGUACCCUGCCAUUUUCUUAAUUCGGAGUGAACUCUUCCCAUUAAGUAUCAAGGCUGUAGGAGGAUGCUUAGCGAUCAUCAGUUUUGGAGUUUUUAGUCUGCUGACUACGAAAAUGUUCAUUUCUAUACUCACAGCGUUUGGUAUUUACGUCAAUUUCGCCAUUUUUUCCAUUAUCAGCGCCACUCUAGUUAUUUUUGUGUAUUUCUUCUUACCUGAGACUAGGAAUAAAUCUUUAAUCGAGAUACAAAAAGUUUGGGCUAAAGAGGAUUAAUACUCGUAUGCGCCUAUACUUUAGUUUUGUCAAAAUCUAAAGCAUUCAUGAUUGGAUUUUUUUCAAGGAGUUUUUCCAGAAUUUCAAACUUCUCAACCGAUUCUUUUGCAUCAUGUUCAAGUAUCCGCGUAAGAAAAAUUUUGAAAUAAAAAAUAAGAUAUCUACUCUGCUGGUGCAUUGUUAGUGAAUGAUUGAAAAGUCGAUUAGGGUGUAUUUAAUGCCUUUACAUACGUAUGUAGUCUAUUAAUGAAUUUAAUAACAUUAAUAAGUAAAUAUUGUAUAGAUUUCGAAGCUAUAUCAAAUAAACUUACUAAACAACGCUGA